AUGACGACCCACGUGACGCUGGAGGAUGCUCUGUCCAACGUGGACCUGCUGGAGGAGCUGCCUCUCCCCGAUCAGCAGCCAUGCAUCGAGCCACCGCCCUCCUCCAUCAUGUACCAGGCCAAUUUCGACACCAACUUUGAAGACAGGAAUGCGUUUGUGACUGGGAUUGCGCGGUACAUUGAGCAGGCCACGGUCCACUCCAGCAUGAAUGAGAUGCUGGAGGAGGGACAUGAGUAUGCUGUGAUGCUUUACACCUGGAGGAGCUGCUCGAGAGCCAUUCCACAGGUAAAAUGCAACGAACAACCCAACAGAGUGGAGAUCUAUGAGAAAACUGUCGAAGUGUUGGAGCCUGAAGUCACCAAACUCAUGAAGUUCAUGUACUUUCAACGGAAAGCGAUAGAGCGAUUCUGUAGUGAAGUGAAGCGUCUGUGCCACGCUGAGAGAAGGAAGGACUUUGUUUCAGAAGCAUAUUUGCUCACGCUCGGAAAGUUCAUCAACAUGUUUGCGGUGUUGGACGAAUUAAAGAACAUGAAAUGUAGCGUUAAGAAUGACCACUCUGCCUAUAAGAGAGCUGCUCAGUUUCUAAGGAAAAUGGCCGACCCUCAGUCCAUUCAGGAGUCCCAGAAUCUGUCCAUGUUUUUAGCGAACCACAACAGGAUCACACAGUGCCUGCACCAACAAUUGGAGGUGAUCCCUGGCUACGAGGAGCUCUUGGCCGACAUCGUCAACAUCUGCGUGGACUAUUACGAAAACAAAAUGUACCUGACCCCCAGCGAGAAACACAUGCUGCUAAAAGUAAUGGGCUUCGGUCUCUAUUUGAUGGAUGGUAAUGUAAGCAACAUCUACAAACUCGACGCCAAAAAGAGGAUCAACCUGAGCAAGAUUGACAAGUUUUUCAAACUUCAAGUGGUUCCCUUAUUUGGAGAUAUGCAGAUAGAACUGUCGCGCUACAUCGAGACCAGCGCUCACUAUGAGGAGAACAAGUCCAAGUGGACGUGCACGCAGAGCAGCAUCUCUCCGCAGUACAACCUGUGUGAGCAGAUGGUGCAGAUCAGAGAGGACCACAUCCGCUUCAUCUCGGAGCUGGCUCGCUACAGCAACAGCGAGGUGGUGACGGGCUCCGGACUGGACUCCCAGAAGUCUGACGAGGAGUACAGGGAGUUGUUCGACCUGGCGCUGAGGGGGCUGCAGCUGCUGUCCAAGUGGAGCACACACGUCAUGGAAGUGUACUCGUGGAAGCUUGUCCAUCCCACAGAUAAGUUCUGCAAUAAGGACUGCCCCGGGACAGCUGAGGAGUACGAGCGAGCCACACGUUACAACUACACCAGUGAGGAGAAGUUUGCCUUGGUGGAGGUCAUUGCUAUGAUUAAGGGGCUGCAGGUUCUAAUGGGUCGAAUGGAGUCUGUGUUUAAUCAGGCCAUCAGAAACACCAUUUAUGCUGCUCUACAGGACUUUGCCCAAGUGACCCUUAGAGAGCCCCUGAGGCAGGCUGUCCGCAAGAAGAAAAACGUCUUAAUUAGUGUUCUUCAAGCUAUUCGAAAGACCGUGUGUGACUGGGAGGGAGCAAGGGAACCUCCCAACGACCCCUGUCUCAGAGGAGAGAAAGACCCUAAAGGAGGAUUCGACAUCAAAGUUCCGCGCAGAGCUGUGGGACCCUCCAGCACGCAGCUGUACAUGGUGCGUACCAUGCUGGAGUCGUUGAUAGCCGACAAGAGUGGCUCCAAGAAGACUCUCCGCAGUAGUUUGGAUGGACCCAUAGUGGUGGCGAUUGAAGACUUCCACAAACACUCCUUUUUCUACACACACCUGCUCAAUUUCAGCGAGGCCUUGCAGCAGUGCUGUGAUCUGUCCCAGCUCUGGUUCAGAGAGUUCUUCUUAGAGCUGACCAUGGGCCGCAGAAUCCAGUUUCCCAUCGAGAUGUCCAUGCCCUGGAUCCUCACAGAUCACAUCCUGGAGACAAAAGAGCCUUCUAUGAUGGAAUAUGUACUCUACCCUUUAGACUUAUACAAUGACAGUGGCUACUACGCUCUCACAAAAUUCAAGAAACAAUUCUUGUACGAUGAGAUUGAAGCUGAGGUCAAUCUCUGCUUUGAUCAGUUUGUUUACAAGUUAGCGGAUCAGAUAUUUGCUUAUUACAAAGCAAUGGCCGGAAGUGUGCUCUUAGACAAGCGUUUCAGGGCUGAGUGUAAAAACUAUGGUGUAAUUAUUCCUUAUCCACCUUCGAACCGCUACGAAACACUGCUCAAACAGAGGCAUGUACAGUUGCUGGGUCGUUCCAUUGACUUGAAUCGACUCAUUACACAAAGAAUCUCUGCAGCCAUGUACAAAUCUUUGGACCACGCAAUUAGCCGCUUUGAGAGCGAGGACCUCACCUCUAUAGUGGAGUUGGAAUGGUUGCUGGAAAUCAACCGGCUGACUCAUCGGCUACUUUGCAAGCACUUGACCCUGGACAGCUUCGACGCCAUGUUCCGCGAAGCCAACCACAAUGUGUCCGCUCCCUAUGGUAGAAUAACUCUGCAUGUCUUCUGGGAGCUCAACUUUGAUUUCCUCCCAAACUACUGCUACAAUGGCUCCACAAACCGUUUUGUGCGCACAGCCAUCCCCUUCACACAGGAGCCUCAGAGAGAUAAGCCAGCCAACGUGCAGCCUUAUUACCUUUACGGUUCAAAGCCUCUGAACAUCGCCUACUCCCACAUAUACAGCUCGUACAGAAACUUUGUGGGCCCGCCUCAUUUCAAGACCAUCUGCCGUCUCCUUGGUUACCAGGGCAUCGCUGUGGUGAUGGAGGAACUGCUAAAAAUUGUCAAAAGCCUGUUACAAGGGACCAUUCUCCAAUAUGUGAAAACGCUGAUAGAAGUUAUGCCCAAGAUUUGCCGCUUGCCUCGCCACGAAUACGGCUCCCCAGGUAUUCUGGAGUUUUUCCAUCACCAGCUCAAGGACAUCAUUGAGUACGCAGAGCUGAAGACCGAUGUGUUCCAGAGUCUGAGGGAGGUGGGCAACGCCAUCCUCUUCUGCCUGCUCAUCGAACAGGCUCUGUCCCAGGAAGAGGUGUGUGAUCUGUUACAUGCUGCUCCGUUCCAAAACAUUUUGCCAAGAGUUUACAUCAAAGAGGGAGAGCGGCUGGAGGUGAGGAUGAAGAGGUUGGAGGCCAAGUAUGCGCCGCUCCAUCUUGUGCCGCUAAUCGAGCGACUGGGCACGCCACAGCAAAUUGCAAUUGCCCGAGAAGGAGACCUGCUGACCAAAGAGCGUCUGUGCUGCGGCCUGUCCAUGUUUGAGGUGAUUUUGACCCGAAUCCGCAGUUUCCUUCAAGACGGGGUGUGGCGCGGCCCUCCUCCCACCAACGGAGUGAUGCACGUGGACGAGUGCAUGGAGUUCCACCGUCUGUGGAGCGCCAUGCAGUUUGUGUACUGCAUCCCUGUGGGCACGCACGAGUUCACAGCAGAGCAGUGCUUUGGAGAUGGGCUGAACUGGGCCGGCUGUGCCAUCAUAGUGCUUUUGGGACAACAGCGUCGCUUUGACCUCUUUGACUUCUGUUACCAUCUGCUCAAAGUCCAGAGACAAGAUGGAAAAGAUGAAAUUAUAAAGAAUGUUCCCUUAAAGAAGAUGGCAGAUCGCAUCAGGAAGUACCAGAUCUUGAACAAUGAAAUAUUUGCCAUCCUGAACAAGUACAUGAAGGCUGUGGAGACAGACAGUUCCACCGUGGAGCAUGUGCGUUGCUUCCAGCCGCCUAUUCACCAGUCUCUGGCCACCACCUGUUGA